UUUUUAUGUUUGUAGAUUAUUCGAUUGUGAAGUUAAUGCAAGAUGAUAUAGAAAGAUUAAUUUUGGAAAUUCUUCUGCCUUGUCAUCACGAAGUUUACCUAUGAUAUUGGGGAUUACUAUAGGUUUCAUAGUAGUCCUCGUUGCCUGUUCCUUGCUAAUGCUAAGAAAAGCUAAAUCUACAGUUUUGAGGAACCCAGCAACCAUUGAGAUGCAGAACGAAGAAAGGAGGCUGUUUACGAAAGAGCAAAUUACUUUCAGCUUAGAAGAUUUGAUUGAAGCAACAGACAAUUUUAGUGAUAACAACAUGCUUGGAGAGGGAGGCUUUGGCCCGGUUUAUAAGGGAAUGACCACAUACGGAAAGGAGAUAGCAGUGAAAAAGCUGUCUGCGAGAUCUGCACAGGGAAGAAGAGAAUUUAUGAAUGAAGUGGAACUGGUGGCAAAUAUUCAACACAGAAACCUUGUGAAUUUGCUUGGAUGUUGCAGCGAAGAAAGCGAAAGAAUGCUUGUCUAUGAGUAUAUGCCCAACAAAAGCCUUGACAACUUUCUGUUCGACCCAGAAAAGUUGCAGAACGUUCGAUUGGCAAAAGCGGUUUAAUAUCAUUAUUGGAAUUGCUCGUGGCCUUCUAUACCUUCACGAGGAUUCGCAGCUUCGAAUCAUACACAGAGACAUCAAAGCAGGCAAUAUUUUGCUUGAUGAGAAUCUGAAUCCUAAGUUAGCCGACUUUGGCUUAGCUAAACUUUUUUCUGACAAUGAAACCGAAAUCCAAUCAAGAGUUGCAGGAACCUAUGGUUACAUGGCUCCAGAAUAUGCCAUGGGAGGGCAACUGUCUGUAAAAGUUGACGUUUAUAGUUUUGGAGUUUUACUGCUAGAGAUAGUAAGUGGACGAAAGAAUAUAGACAUAGAUAUUUCAAAAGAAAAGCAGAGCCUGGGACUAUUAGAAUGGGCAUGGAGACUAUUCAAAGGAGGGCAUGCUCUCAAAAUUGUGGGUAUCAUGUUGGUGGGAAACUGCCCAGAAGAGCAAGUGAUAAGAUGCAUUCACAUUGGACUUCUGUGUACCCAGGCUAAUCCCGACAGCCGUCCAAUGAUAUCUAGUGUUUGUACAAUGAUAUCCAGCAACUCUGUACCGUUACUAGAUCCAACGAGACCUGCGUAUGUAAGCAUGACCAGUAUUAGCUUCAUCCCUAUAACUACUUCUGGGAAUGAAAUCUCAAUAAGUGAAUUGGAACCUAGAUCAUGAUUUCUAGAAUUUCUUACAAUGAGAAAGACUCAUUACGCUGGAAGAGAACAAAAUAAAAUAAAAAUUUCAUCCAUUAAUUGUUUGUAGUUAUUAGGAGGAGAAAAAUAUUAACUAAUUAUUUGGAGUGGUAUUUAUUAGCUAUCUAUUUUGUACAGAUAUUAAAUGCAGGGAGAAAUCAGCCUAGCCCUGCCAAUGAUAAAAUGCUUAAUUUAGUUUUAUCUCUGUGUACCUUCAGGACUUCACAGUCCUGCGACAUAA